GACAUUACGCUUUAAUAUUAAGUUUGGCAUUAGUCUUCAACUGAGAGUCUGCAAUAAGUGAAAAGUUUUGCACCUUUUUUCAUGAUUAAGAUAGAUUGUUUAUUUGUAAGAUCUAAAUAUAUUUUUCACUAGUUUCAAAAUAUUUCAUCCAAGGCGAUGAUUAAGGCGAUAUUAGUAUUCAAUAAUCAUGGGAAGCCCAGAUUAUCCAAGUUCUACCAGUAUUUCAAUGAGGACAUGCAACAACAGAUAAUAAAGGAAACCUUUCAAUUAGUUUCAAAACGAGAUGAUAAUGUGUGCAAUUUUCUCGAAGGAGGAAGUUUAAUAGGUGGCUCAGAUUACAAACUAAUCUACAGGCACUACGCGACGCUGUACUUUGUGUUUUGCGUAGAUUCGUCCGAAAGCGAGCUUGGUAUUCUAGAUCUGAUUCAAGUGUUUGUCGAGACGUUAGAUAAAUGUUUCGAAAACGUGUGUGAAUUAGAUCUGAUAUUCCAUGCGGACGCCGUUCAUCACAUUCUAUCUGAACUAGUGAUGGGAGGUAUGGUUCUUCAAACUAAUAUGUCAGAUAUCUUGGCUCGCAUUGAAGAACAAAAUAAGCUUCAGAAACAAGAAGCGGGUCUUUCAGCAGCUCCAGCAAGAGCCGUCAGUGCUGUUAAAAGUAUGAACUUACCACAACAGAUAAAGGAUAUAAAAUUACCGGAUCUUCCGCAAGCUAUUAAGGAUUUAAAAUUCUGACCAAACACUAACUUUGAUGCGUCAUUACUAACUAAGAUUGCCUCAGAUUCAUCCUACAUUCCGAUCAACAGCAGUGGCCUAGAAGGAUUUAACUUCGAUUCGUAUCAAUCAGAACAUCCAACAGCAUCAGGUGAAACAUCAUUUGGCAGUAAAACGAAGGACCAGAAUGGCAAAAGGAAAUUAAAAAAUUCGGCUUCCAGCGUUCGCAGUGAGGAUAUUGCUGAUGAUAAUAAUGAUAAAAUGGUUUGAAUGUUAGAUAAAGAUGUGGUGCUUUCAUCAUUUUGAAACGUUGCCACGCAAAAUAAAUUUAAAAAAAUCAACGUUUGAGUCAAUCACAGAAGCGCUAUUGGCAAGCCGGAUUCGAAAUGUUUGGGAUCUAAUGUUGAUGUUUUUUUUAUUACUAGAAAUACAUUUUUAUGAAGCUUGGGCAUGCUACAAAGAAUGCUGGUUAUGCGACCAAACUAUGUAGGAAUGAGAAAACUAUCAAGUCCAAAUAUCAGCAAGUGUUGGUGUUUUUUGGUAGUAAGAACACUAAUGCUUAUAUUAUACCUUACUCUUGUUUCAGCUCAAAUCUAAGUCAAACAAAAGUACCCAAUGUAAAAGUCGGAAAACACUCACCUAAUUUACUCAAUUCCCAGAACACAGAAACUACCUAUAUGCCGCUUGUUGAAGGGGUUUACUUCAAAUGUAAAUAAAAAACGAGAGAGGUCUCGAAGUAAAGUCGGUUUAACAUUUUAUCUGCGAAAAAUAUUUGGAAAAAUUGAAGUGUAAUAAAUCGCUUUAGGUACUACAA